UAAAAAUAAUAAACACGUCUCUUCAUCCUCGCGCGUGUUGCGUUGUUGCUGUGGGGGCUUCUGCCUCGUCGGGAUCUCGAUCUCGAUCUCGAUCUCCAGAGAGAGAGAGAGGGGGAGAUAGAGAUGAAGCUGUGGAAAAAAGCCGCCGGCGCUCUCAAGGACCAGAACAGCCUCUUGAUCACCGCACUCUCGCGGCGCACCCACCUCCGCAGCCCCGACCUCGAGGCCGCCGUCAUCAAGGCCACCAGCCACGACGAGGCCCGCGUCGACUACCGGAACGCCCAGCGCGUCUUCGCCUGGGCCCGCACCUCCCCCUCCACCCACCUCAAGCCCCUCGUCUGGGCCAUCUCCUCCCGAGCCCACCGCACCCGCAGCUGGCCCGUCGCCCUCAAGUGCCUCAUGCUCCUCCACGGCGUCUUCUGCUGCAAGGUCCCCGCCGUCCACCGCAUCGGGCGCCUCCCCUUCGACCUCUCCGACUUCGCCGACGCCCACUCCUCCCCUUCCAAGACCUGGGGCCACAACGCCCUCGUCCGCGCCUAUUUCAACUUCCUCGACCACAAGUCCUCCUUCCUCUACACCGACCUCAAGGAGAUCCGUAAGGUCAAGUUGGCCGGCCCCGAGGAAUCCAUCAUGGCGGAGAUCGUCAUGCUCCAGAGGCUGCAGUCCCUCCUCACCCUCCUCCUCCAAGUCAGGCCGCAGGCCGAGGGCAUGCGCGGCACCCUCGUCCUCGAGGCCAUGGACUGCGUGAUCAUCGAGAUCUUCGACACCUACAGCAAGGUGUGCAACCUGAUCGCCAGGGUCCUCUCCCGGAUCUACGGGGCCUCGCAGGCCGAGGCCUCCAUGGCGCUCCUCGUGCUCCGGCAGGCGAACUCGCAGGGCGACGAGCUCGCCGAGUUCUUCGACUUUUGCAAGUUCUACGGCGUGCUCAACGCGUCGGAGUUCCCCAAGGUCGAGCGGAUCCCGGAGGAGGAUUUCCGGGAGGUGGAGAGGAUGGUCUACGCGGGAGUUGAAGAGGAGUCUAAGGCCAUCGUGGUGAGCGAGAGCGGAGGCGGCGGCAGCGUAUUGGUGCAGUCGUCGGGGAAGGUCUUGACGACUGUCGUGACAAACAAGUGGGAGAUCUUCGACGACGACCUCAAGAGCCUGAAUGGUGGCAACGGAACGGAAUGGGGGAUUGUUAGUGUAAGAAGUUCGGACGAUCCUCAACCUCAACGUCAACCCCCCCAUGUAUACGCUUAUAAACUUGAGAUUCCAGAUUUAAUUACUUUCUAGCAAAAUUGGAGCGGACACAUAAUAAUUCUUGCAUUCUUUCCUAUUAAGAGUUUCAUUCCAUUGCUCGCAAAUGACACCAGAAAAGAUGGAGACUCUUUUUACUAAUGCCUUCUCUAUAUUUUGACGGUACGGCACGAUGUGAUGCUGAUAGUUCUCGUGGACUACUAGGUUUUGUUUUUGUCAGUCAUUAGUUGUAGCUGUUCACGUUCUCUGUUCCUCUUUUUGUUGUAGUUUGGUCUCAGAUAAACUAAAGGUUGCCAAUUUACCCAUUGGGAAUUGUUGGCUAUAGCCCAA